AUGCGACCCUCUGCCUCCCUCGACCCCUCGGCGUCUCCUCUCCGCCUCCUGUCCAUCCUUUUCCUUGGCUUCUUCCUCUGCUCGACACUAGCAAGCGCGGCAGCGAUACCUGCCCGGCGGGAGGCGGAGGAAUGGCAAGCUUGUAGGCCCAGGUUCUCGGGAUUGGUGCAGGAAAUUCGCAAGACCGGGCAAAGAGAUAUCGCUUGGACGGCCGUGCGAAGUGACGGCUCGAGCAGAGGAGCGCAGGACAAGAUUGCUGUCGUGCGGAAAGCCCCUCAGAAAGGCGAGCCGCCCAACCGUAGACUCGAAUGGUUCGUCGAGCCGACGCACGAAGACGGUUUGCACAGCAUCUCGUCCGCAACAUACCCUUCGGCCUGCCUCGACCCGGCGUCUGGCUCCUCCUCUUUCGCUCGCAACGCACAGUCCCCGCUCGCCGUCGGCUGUCCAUCCGCUCAUCCUUUCCGCAUUGUCUGCUCGACCUGCGACGAACACGAAGAUGCGGCGGAAGGCUGCCUCUUGCAAAGCGCCUCCACCGGCCUCUGCGUUGAGCUCAAGACAAUGUUGGCGCGGAGCAAAAGCGUUCAACUGGGCUGGGCGGAAUGUGCAUGGCCGGCAGAGCGGAGUGCAGACUGGCCAAGGGGGGACAGAGGGCACAGGCAGCAGCAGCUGUGGGACAUUUCCUAG